GGGAUCCCAACACCUAUAAAUGAUCUGAGAAUUUAAUUAUCUGUUUGCACUAUGAUAUAGAAGAUCUAUUAUGCCGGUACACUAUUUGCAGUAUCUUUAGCUCAUUACGCAAUCUAUAAUGCUAAGCUAAUCAUGGCGCUGUUUGAAUAAAAGUGUUUUCUCAAUUACUCCUGAAUUAACAAGUGUUAAGUCUCGCACAUGGAGAUGGCUUUAGCAGCCUUGAGAAUUAUUACGCAAAAGCUCUUCCUAUCAUCACCAGUUAAACAAAGAAUACACAAAUGAGGAGGCCGGAGAAUAUGAAAAGCAUGGAGCAAUAUUCUGAGAGAUCCUUUGAUUCCCUUAAUGAAUCAAUUCAUUCUCUCAUGGGAUUGAAAACACACCUAACUUGUAACUGGGUGGACUCUGUUCGUGGCAUAAUCAAGGCCCUCCAACCACAACCAUCUGAUAAAGAAGUAGAGCAACGACAACAACAACCAGAUGACAAUAAUAAUGAGGACUCUAAUACUGCCAUUUCAAAGAUUAAAGGUGAACUUGAAGUGUUAGAUGCCUGCAUUAAGAAACUAAACGUCCAAAGGAGGCACAUUCUUAAUGAGCUUCUGGACUUGAAAGGGAAUAUACGAGUGUUUUGUCGGAUAAGACCCAUUAGCAUUGCCAGUCAAAAGUCAGUGAAAGCUUUGGGUUCAAAUGAGGUGUUCAUAAAUUUGGCUGACAAUAAGACCAAAAGUUAUAGCUUUGACAAGGUUUUCAUCCUUCUUCCUCACAAGGUACUCUGUAUCCUUCAUCUAAUUUAUUUAUUUUAUUUUAAUUAUAUGGAUUAAAUUGUGACCUCUUUAUUGAUUCUUUACUUCGAACUUCUUAAUUUACUAAUUAUCCUACUUUGAGUAAUAUAAAUCAUUUCUAUGUUAAAAUAACUUUUUUUUUCUUUUUUGGAACAUUCUCUACAGUAACAUGUAUAAUAAGAAAAUCUUUCAUCAUUCCAAGAAUCAUUUAGUUCGAAACCUUCCGUUGGCUUAAUUUUGUCUCUUGGGACAAACUGACACGUUCAUUAUCUACUUCUUGCCCGCACUUGCUCAGUUCCUCUGUGGCUACCUAUUAAAUCACAGCAUCAGAUUUGAAUUCACAUAUUAUUGCAACCAUCCGCUAAUUAGCUAUCCAUAUUACUCCAAAAAACUGUUUAGAUAUAGAAUUGUUACAAUUGAAAUUCGAAAAGCUCCAAGAAGUUGUUUCACAAUUUUUACUCCAAAUCACUCACAGAAAUUGAAAAACAACUCCAAUCUGUAUUCAUGUCCAAACACAACUCUAUUUCAACUUGAAAACAAAAACUCUACUACUUUUUUCCAAAUUUCACAAUUCUUAUGUUCAAAUGCCCACUUACUCUUCCUUUAAAAUAGUUACUCCCUCCGUUCAUUUUUACUUAUCCACUAUAAAUAUUCACUUUUGCUGUUGAUUCUCUACUGUACCAAAAAUAUUAUUUUCCCUUUUGCUUGUCCACUUUAACAUAUCAAGAGAAAAUCAAAUUUUUUUCUUGUUUUACCCUUAAUAUUAACUACUCAUUCCUUAAAUCAUUUCACGAGUCCAUUGAGAUUAUAUAUGAAUUAAUAUGAUAUUAUAGUAAAAUAUACAUUUCAUUUAUUAUUUUUUGAAGGGAGUAAAAAGUCCAUUAUAGACAAGUAAAAGUGAACGGAGAGAGUAUAAAAUAAGGAAUUCAAUUAGAAAUUUAGUAAUUCUUGGAAUAUUGU